AUCUGUUCUUUUUUUUAUUGUUCUUAAUGAUGUUCAAGUGUGUAAUUUUAUGCUUUUUUAUUAUAUAUUAAGUCCAUUUUAUUGCUUUGUGAAAGGCUAAUGGCAUCUUCAUCAGACACAUGGAUACGAGAAUAUAAUGAAGCAGUGAAAAUUGCAGAUGAUAUCAAUGGCAUGAUAUCCAGCAAGAGUUCAAAGCCUGCGCUGGGACCCGAAAUGCAGCGUCACGCAUCAGCUGUCCGAAGGAAGAUUACAAUCUUAGGGACUCGACUUGACGGAUUGCAGUCCCUUUUGUCUAGGCCCCCCGGGAAGCCAUUAACAGAGAAGGAGAUGAAUCGUCGCAAGGACAUGACUUCGAACUUAAGAUCGAAAGCGAAUCAGAUGGCUUCUGCAUUCAACAUGUCAAACAUUGCUAACAGAGACAGCUUGCUGGGGCCGGAAACCAAGCCAGAUGCUAUGAGUAGAACACUUGGUUUGGAUAACUCCGGCCUUGUCGGUCUUCAAUGCCAAAUAAUGAAAGAGCAAGACGAGGAUCUAGAGAAGCUGGAGGAAACAAUCGUGAGCACAAAGCACACCGCAUUGGCAGUCAGAGAAGAACUUGAUCUGCAUACCACACUCAUUGACAACCUCGACCAACAUGUGUAUGUCACCGAUUCUCGCCUGCAGAGAGUGCAGGAAAAGCUGGGGAUUUUGAACAAGCGCGUCAAUGGCGGAUGCUGGUGUAUGUGCACGCCCUUCGCGGUGAUCGGAAUCCUGAUUGUGGUGGUCGGUUUAUACUCGCUCGUCAAAUACUUGUAAUGAUACAGCCAAAACAACAAGCUUAG